CAACGCAAGAAGAUAUGAAUUCCCAUUGGCAUGGUUCGAUCGCUACGUCGUUAUCUCUCAAGACGUUUUACUUAACAUUUAGCCAAGAGGUUACUAUUCAAAAAAUUACUCAGAAUUGAGGUCAUUGUAUAGCAGAAUACAGAAUGUUCGUGACAAGGGUUUUUUUUUCUUUGCUUGUGAUCGGAUUCCUUUCAAGUCUUUUUCUUUCCACCUACUUAAUGACAAAGGGGAAGAAAAUUUCGCCUUUAGGAACUUUAGGAACACACUUUGUGGGGGUAUUGGAGACGGUGACGCCUUCAGGAAAUGUGGAAACUCCUUCACUUUCUUAUGCAGAAAAGCUUUUUAAAGCUUACGAUGAAGUGGAGACCUUUGUGAUGUUCAUUGGGUAUCCUCGCAGCAGCCAUAGUUUAGUCGGCGCCAUAUUGGAUGCUCACCCAGAAAUUAUCAUUCCUCACGAGCUUAAUCUGUUGGAAAGAUGGAGUCACUACAACUUACCAGCGUUUAAAAGGAAAAACCUGCUAAAAUAUAAGAUAUUUUUUGAUCUUCACCGGACUUCUAUGGAGCAAGCCAUGUUUGGGAUACGAGCAGGCCAAAAUAGGACAGUUCUUAGCGGAGAAUUCACAUACUUAUACAACGUUCCAGGGUUAUGGCAAGGAGGAUACAAAAACAGAAUAAAAGUGAUGGGAGACAAAAAAGGGGGCAGAACUUCAGAGCUUUUAAGUCAAGACCCGAGCAGAAUAAAAGAUAUAGAGGAAAUCAUUAAAACUGUGGGCGCGCCAGUGAAAUUCAUUCACAUCGUCAGGAACCCAUUUGAUAACAUCGCUACCAUGUUACUUCGCGCUACAGGAAGACGUGAUAGUGUAAGAGAAGAGGGAGUAAAAGUGAACAAAUCACAGAUUUUGGAGAACUGCAUCAAGAAGUACUUCAACCUCACCGAGGCUAACCAGCGCGUCAGAGAACGGUUUGGGGAUGCAGUUGUUGAUAUUCCAGGACGUGAAACAGUACUCAGACCGAAAGAAACACUACAAAAAUUAUGUGACCAUUUAGGUGUGACAUGUUCUGAGGACUACAAAGAAAAAUGCAGUAGGAUCUUGUAUGGGACUCCUUCCGUUACAAGAGAUAAAAUUGUUUGGACUAAAGACCAUAAACAGCGAGUCACCGAGCUGAUGAAGAAAUAUCCGUUUCUGAAAGACUUUUCGUUUGAUGAUUACGUAACAGCUAGCAGCGGCUAGAACAAUUUUCAUUUUAGCGUUUCAAAUGAGGAUUUAUUGGGUUUGCUUUUCGACUCCCUACGAUGUUCCAGGAAAAAUGUAUCACUAAUCAGUCAAGUAUAGUCGUAUGGGCCCCCUGUAGAUUGUGCUUGUAAAAGUAGCAUAUUAUGCUAUUGGUAUUGCACGUUUU